AUCAUCUGUAAAGGUGUGCGUCAUGUUUCACGCAGUGUGUACUUUUAGCACUAGUUUUCUUUAGAUGGAUCUGAAUAGACGAGCUGGUGUCUAGCGAUAUAUGUUUCAAUAAAAAGGGACACCAAUAUAAAAUUACGGAUAUGGAGAAAAAGUAUCCAGGAGUUGGACGUUGUAAAUGUGCCUUUUGGUUUGCUGUUUUUCAUGACAUUUUUGGACUUUUUGUCCUCCUAGCUGGGGUGUUUUGGGACAUCUUUUUCCAUGACUUUUUAAUAUACGCUGGAGCUGUGAUCAUUUUCCUGAGUCUUAUCUGGUGGGUGUUUUGGUACACUGGGAAUAUUGAAGUGCCUCCUGAAGAGCUGGAGGAUGACAUUGCUCAGUACAAACGCACUAAAGGAAUUUCAGGCGUUAUGCGUAAAGUCUCAAGCAGGCUUUCCAACGGACUGAGGAAUUCCCUCAGGAGAAAUGGAAGAAUCAACACUCAGCCUGGAGGCUCUCAUGAAAACCGCACGGCCAGGGCAGAUCAACCUGUUACCAUUGCCAUGAGCUCCUAUCUGAAUACACAGCCAACUGAGACGACCAACCACCUGAACCGAGAUCCUUUAGUGAUAUAACAUAGUACAGGUAAUGCUAAUAAUACCCUAAAGGUGUUUUAAAGAAUACAAACUUGUAUAAUGCAAUGGAAACUAGCCAUCUUUCAUGUUAUCAUCUAUAAGCAUGAUCUUUUUUUAUUUUCGUUUGACUUUGUUAAUCAUUUAUAGCAUUCUGGUCUUUAGGUGGAAUCCUAUUGGCCAGGACAGAGAAUCAAAUAAGACUUAUCUUUUAUACCACACAGCAAACUUUGCUCGACUUUGAGUGUCAGGCUCUGAUUUGCAUCUUUAUUCCCAGAGUGCUCUGCUGGAAGACCCUCCUCUCCACAACUGCA